AUGCCUGGAAUAAGAAAAUAUCGACGUGACACCACCGAAGUUAGCUGUUGUUUGAAAUAUGUGAUUUUUGGUGUAAACAUAUUGUUUUGGUUUUUGGGACUUAUUAUCUUAGCUGUUGGAGUUUGGGCAUGGACUGAAAAGGAUACUUUCAACAAUCUGUCACGGUUGACUAAUAUUGCCUUAGAUCCAGCAUUUAUAUUGAUAUGUGUUGGUACAAUAACUUUUAUAAUCGGCUUCACGGGCUGUGUGGGUGCUCUGCGUGAGAACACAUGUUUGUUGGCUUGUUAUGCUGUGUUCCUUGCACUUCUUCUAUUGGCUGAAAUGACAGCGGGUAUAUUGUUCUUUGUUUUCAAGGACUGGAUAAAGCAACAAGCCACAAGUGGGUUUCAGACAUUCAUAACACAUUACCGAGAAGAUCCGGACCAACAAAAUUUGAUUGACUGGAUUCAAGAAGAUUGGUUACAAUGUUGCGGAGUGGAAGGCCCCAAGGAUUGGGAUCGGAAUGCCUAUUUUAACUGUUCGAGCGGCGCGGUGGGGUCACGGGAAGCCUGCGGGGUCCCGUUCAGCUGUUGUAGGACGAAACCAUCGGACAUCAUACGGAACAAGCAGUGCGGAUAUGACGUCAGGAAACCGACCUAUCAACCAAGCGAUCGGGUAAUACAUGAACGUGGUUGUCUCGUAGCGGCGGAAGAUUGGACCGACAAACACUUCCCGCUGUACGCACUCAUCGUACUCGGACCAAUGGUUUUUAAGAGUCUUGACAUAGCUAAGAUAAUACAUGACAAGGGUUGCCUUGAGGCUGCGGAGGAAUGGUUUGAUCACAACCUUUUGAUAGUAGCAACGUCAGCUGUUUGUGCCGCUUUUGCACAUAUUCUUGGCAUAUGCUUCGCCCAGAACCUCCGGGCGGACAUAUUCGCCCAAAAAGCCAAAUGGCACUGA